UCGUAAAAUCGGAAUUUGUACGACGGAGCGCAUGCGCGACAGCCCGGAAGUAGUAGCAGUGAUUGAAGUUUGUGGAAUGUCUCAAGAGUUUACACGGUGAGAUCUUAAAGAUGUAAGGAGAAGACAUGAUAAAGUUUUCAGACAUCAGUGAGAAUGAAAAGAGAAGAAGAAGAAGGUGAGAUGGCUGAUCCACCAAUAUUAAUACUACACACAAACUAUAAAGUGACAUUUCACAUAUGAUUUAACAAGUACAACUGAGCAGAAUGCUGCUGGUAACCGCUUGAAGAGUAACCGCGAAAGUUUACGGUAAGAGUCACGAUGGGGACGAGCAGUUCCCUUCUCCGCAGCCGCGAAUCGCUGGAGGAGCUGACGGAUGGCGUAUACCUGGACGGGAACCUGGAUAUUCCCAAUGAGGUCAAGCCUCGCCACGCCCUACUCCGCUCUGUCGGUUCCUUCGGACGGAGAAUGAAGGGCGCCAGCUUCCGGUCCAACGCGUCGGUGGAUCUGAUGGAGAACCCGGAGGCUGAGCGAAUCAGGAAGGAGUACGAGAUGUUCCGCUACAGCAAGCAGAGCGAGAUCCAGGACAUGCAGAAGAAAAUGGAGAAGCUGGAAAAGCAUUACAGAAGACUGUAUCCAAGUUGCGGAAUGAGAGAGAUGCUGCCCUGAACAGGGAGUACCAGGCACUGGAGAGGGCAGCCACAUUUGAAAAUGACCGAGAUAAAGUACAGAGGCAAUUCAAGAUAUUCCGUGAGACCAAAGAGAGUGAGCUCCAGGACUUGUUGCAGGCCAAGCGAGACCUGGAGAACAGGAUUGUGAAGUUUGCCACAGACGAGGGCACACACGUCAUAUCUGAUAACAUGUCUGAUAACCUGUCCUAUAGUGGCACUGUGGAUGGAGGUUUACUAGGUAACCCUGGUGACUGGGGUACGGCCCUGGGAAGUGAACCCUCUUUGGGCAGCACUGUGCAAAUGCAGCUGGCAGUCAAGGGGCCAGAACUGGCCACAAGUCUCAUCGACCUGGAUGGACCGUUCACCAACAUCAACAAGGAUGACUGGACGGCAGCGGUGUCCAGUCUGUCACAAAUCACCCCACUCCUGGCCCAGACACUCCCAAGUUGUGUCUUUAAGAUUUUCAUCUCAGCUCCUUCAGACAUGUGUGAGGAGGUACAGAUUCUGUACAAGAACCACCUACCUGCUCUACAAUACAAAUGUGCGUGUGAUGGUCGAGUUUUAGUCACGGUGCAUUUUACAGAAGAACCGUGGCAUGAAGAGAACCCACAGACACUUUGGAAACUACAAAAUGCAAGAAAAAAGCAGAUUCAGGGCUGCAGUCUGUUUCUGGGGUUACUAGCAGAACAAGUUGACAGGUAUACAGUUGAGGACUUUGAAAUGAGCCACCUGACAAAUCCAGGGUCUCGUCCUGCCUUAUUCUGCUUCAGGGAUACAACAAAACCUGGUGGCAAGUCUGGUUCUGUGGUGGAAGAAGUAGCUAUGUUGAAGAAGAGGGUGAGAGACAGUGUGCCAUGUAAGAUCAUAGAAGACUACGUUGAGCCAAAAGUAGGUGCCAAGAUGCUGUUUGAUGAGAUAGCCAAAAUCGUCCAAAUGGAGUUGGGUGUUGGAGAGACAGAGGAGGGAGACAGUGGAGAUGAGAGAGAAGAUGAGGCCAGCUGUUUCACCUGGCUGGACCCUGAUGGGAACUAUGAGCAGAUGGAACUCUUCAACAGUCUCACCUCAACAUGUGCAGACAUUGGCUUUGAAAAGUACUACAAACAGUUGAAUGAGUUAGUGUCAGCACCAGGGCCGAUGCCUCCCCUUCUGUUGAUGGGAACAAUCGGUGCAGGCAAGUCAAGCCUACUGGCUCAGUGGAUAAAACAGCUCCAGCAGCGCAGCCCCCCCUGCCUGGUGCUGUACCACUUUGUCGGGUACCAGUCUUCCUCCAGUGCUGAUGCUGUACACAUGAUCCGCUCCUUCACAGCUCAGCUGAUGCAGCAUGUGAUGACCCCGCCACACCUCCCCAGUGACCCCAGUCUGUUACUGGACGAGUUUCUCCGCUGGCUGGAGAAGGUGUCGUCCAAACAGCCCGGCGGCCUGGUGCUGGUCAUCGACUCCAUGGACAAAUUUCAGCAUGCAGAGUCCCACACUAAGUUCCUGUUAGACCCUUUACCUGUGGACACAAGAGUCGUGGUGUCAGUCACAGAGCAGACCUGUCCACAGGCUUGGAGAUCAUGGCCAACUGUUGUCUUGGAACCUCUGAACCCAGGAGACAUCAAACAGGUGAUCCAGGCCAGGUGGACAACCCCAAGGUUCUCACUCACAGGGUCCCAGGAAGCCAGAUUUCUGGCUCACUGCCAUAUCCCAGCAUGCUGUAGUCCCCUUUAUGUCAACACCUUCCUGAACCAGCUGAUGAGUUGUCAGAAUGAAGACAUGAUGUCAGAAGUGCUUGAGGAGUGUCUGAAGACGCCCAGCGUGUCGGAGUUGUACCUCCUCAUCCUUCAGGCACUAGAAGACGAGUGUCCCGGCCACCACCACAAGUCUCUCUUUGGAAAGGUGAUGCUGGCCCUGCGAGCCUGUAGAAACGGCCUGUCUGAACCGGAGCUGAUGGCCAUCGUGCCUGACCUGACGUGGUCCGUGUGGUCCCUCCUGUGGGACAUGCUGAGUGAGGGAGGUGUGCUCUGCUGCAGGUCCGGCCUCAUCACCUUCACAAACCAGGAGGCACAAGAUGCGGUGGACAGAAAAUUCUUGAGCAGUAACAAAGACCUGAAACAGACUCGGCAGAAACUGGUGGAUUACUUUUCCACUUUUAUCAGACCUGUGCAGACCUGGUGGCGAGCCGUGGACGAGGCCCCGUGGCUGCUGCAGGUUUUAGGCGAUGUACAACAUCUCCACGCUAUCUUGGUCAACCUCAGUGUCUUCCAGAACCUCUACACCAGGGGGCGCUGUGCAGAGCUGCUGGCCUACUGGCAAUUUGUUGGUGCAGAGAAAAGUGCCAUGGCAACAGAGUACAUGAAUGCACUGAAGAUGCUGGAAGAUGGUAUGGGCGAUGUGACAUCCUCGAAGUUGGCCAGCCUGUACGAACUCCUGGGAAAGUUCCUGAAAGACCUGAGCCUGCUGAAUCAGGCGGUGCCUCCCCUCCAGAGGGCAUUGGAGCUACGAGAGACUAGUCUGGACCCAGACCACCCCAGCGUGGCCAGCGCGCUCCAUCAUCUAGCCGGCUUGUACGCACACUGGGGGAAGUUUAACACUGCCGAGGCCCUGUACAAGCAGGCUAUCGAUAUCUACCAGAAUGCGUUUGGCAGUAACCAUCAUCAGGUAGCCCGGGAGCUGGAGGCCCUUGCCUUGCUGUACCAACGCCAAAACAAGUUUGAUGUAGCUGAGCCACUUCACAAGAGAGCUGUCACCAUCAGGAAGAGAUCACCAGAAAAUUCCCGACUGAGAUCUGCUGGGCUGGAGUUUCUGCGGAAGAGAGCAGUUCACCUGGAGGAGUUGUCGUUAGGUCCGGAUUCCCCGGCCUUGGCUCGCUCACUCAAUGAACUAGGAGUGCUGUUCUACCUGCAGGGGUACUUGGGAACAGCUGAGAAGUUGUUGCAGCACUCCCUGUCCAUGCGGGAGUCUGUUCUGGACGCCUCUCAUCCCGACUGUGCGCAGUCCCUGCACAACCUGGCUUCCCUCUAUGUUGAGAAGAAGGAGUACGCCAAAGCAGAACCGCUGUACGAGAGAGCGCUAGAGUUACGCCAGCAGGCCUUUCCUGCAGACCACCCUGCUGUUGCAUCGACUAUCCGCCAUCUUGCUGCAGUCUAUAAGAAACAGAACAAUUUUGAUAAAGCAGAGCCUCUGUACAGACAAGCCUUGGCUAUGAGAGAGAAGGUGUUUGGAGACAGUCACCCCAGUGUUGCCACGGCACUGGUCAACUUGGCAGUGCUACAGUCCAAUCAGGGAAGACAUUCCGAUGCAUUACCACUGUACGAGAAAGCAUUGCAGAUAUAUGAGGACAACUUCGGCCCAAACAACCCCAGAGUUGCGGAGACCCUACGAAACUUGGCGGUGCUGCAUUACGACUUAAAGAACUACGAGACCGCCGCAAACCUGUACAAACGGGCCACGGAGAUCAAAGACCCCGACCACCCAUUCCAACCGUCGAGGGAAGUGAUGUCCCGACGGUCGUCAAGCGUAGUCUCAGAAAACUUUUUGCACAACGGUCUGAAUGUACAGCUAGCCCGGCUGCUACCAGAGCAUAGAUAGCAGUUUGCUUUUAGAUCUGCAAUUAAAUAAAAUUACAAUGCAAGAAGCUGCUUAAGAUCGUCAGUGACCAACUCGUUACAAUAGCAUGCCAGUAUGAUGACCAACUACUAGAUUAUGUGUAUGUAUUACUCUUGGCAGUGUGUGAUGUUGUGACAAUGGCAUGCAGAUACAUUAUUUACAUGUAUAGAAUAAUAUUGUCAAUGUUGAACCUUGAACGUGGGCAUCAGGGGUGCCAUCACGGGUCACAAUGGAUUCUUGUCAAUGUUGUUUGGAGGUAGAAGUACAAAUGCAUACCAUAAUCAUAACUUA